AUGUCUGAAGAGAAUCACCUCUACUUCCACCACCACCACCGCUACCACGGCGCCGGCGACGACGCUGCCGCUCCCUCUUUCCCCAACUACCCAUCUCCAGCCGGCGGCUUCCUCGCCGACCCAACUCCAUACUACAACAUGAACAACUUCACCGACUACCUGCAUGGAUCCUCCGAUCACUACACCUCCCUCGCCAAAGCCUUCGGCCUCGACGCCAGCCCGCCACCUCCCCCGCCGCCCACCGAUCACAGCAGCAGCAACAACAACAACAACAGUAACAACGCUCCUCUCUCGACCCCCAACUCAUCGGUGUCGUUCUCCUCGAGCGAGGCCGGCGGGGAGGAGCUCGACUCCGGCAGCUUCAGCAAGACGGCUCUUGGAGGGAAGACUACAGAUCACCAGCCGGCGGUGGAGGAUGGGGAACUGGAGGACGAUAGUAGUAACUGUCCUGACAAUAAGAAAGAGAAGGGCAGCUGCAAGGGGAAGAAGGCGCAGGCGAAAGGGGAGAAACGGCAGAGGGAGCCGCGUUUUGCGUUCAUGACCAAGAGCGAGGUCGAUCAUCUUGAAGAUGGCUACCGCUGGAGGAAGUACGGCCAGAAAGCUGUCAAGAACAGUCCUUAUCCCCGGAGCUACUACAGGUGCACGACGCAGAGGUGCGGGGUGAAGAAGAGAGUGGAGAGAUCGUUCGAGGACCCGUCCGUCGUCAUCACCACCUACGAGGGGCAGCACAACCAUCCCCUCCCUUCCACCCUCCGCGGCAACGCCGCCGCCGCCGCGAUGUUCUCGCAGUACUCCAUGCUCGCGCCUUCCGCCAAUAGGCCCACCGGCUUCCCGGCCGAGUUCCUGCUCCAACUGUCCUCCUCACCCUCGUCGUCGUCGCCGUCCGGCCACGUGGCGGCUGGGGCGGGAUCCGGUGUGGGUUCGCUAGUGUACCCGGCGCAGAGUUUCGGGCAGCAAGAGUUUUUGUUUCAGCACCAUAAUAAUAAUAAUAAUAAUAAUCAGCAGCAGUUGCAGUUCUCCGGUGACUAUGGGCUGUUGCAAGACGUCGUCCCUUCCAUGUUCCUCAAACAGGAGCCUUGA